CGACGGUUGCGGCCGCCAUCUUGAGGCAUGGCAGCCCCGGCGCUGUCGGCCCCUUUCCAAGAUGGCCGCUCGCUCUUCACCGAGCACUUCCGUCCCCGCUGAGGCCUCCGGCUCCCGGCGCGGCGGCGAGCGUAGCGGCCCGCUGGCGCGGUUCUCUCCUCGGCGGUCCCUCGCAGCUCGUUAGCUGCCGCCACCGCCCUUCGGAGCGGGACGGCCGGCGGGUCAUGGCGCUGCUGCGGCUGCUGCUGCUCCGGGGCCGCUGCGGCUGCUGGCGGCGGCCUGCCCCGCCGUCCGACCCGGCCUGGGCCCGCGCUUGCCCGCGGCCCGGCGGCGGUCCCCUCGGCGCGGGACGCGGCCUGCAGAGCCUUCUGUCGCAAACACUUUCACCUCCACAUCAAAGUCUCAGUGGAGUCCUGGUGAAACAACACAUAAUUCGAGAUCCAGUCAGGCUUUGGAAUCUCUUAGGUAGCACUUACUGGUUUACUACUUCAGGCUCUCAGAGGAAUAACCAGAAGAAUGGAGGAUUCAAAAAGAAAUCUCCACAGGAGGAUGAGGAGGAUGAGAAACGCAGGAAAAGGGAAAAUCAGAUGCAUCUUGAACGCUUACGGGCACUCCUCAUCAUAACUUUCAUAGUGCUGAUGUUUCGAUUCACGGUCAGCGAGAACAGAGAAGGGACCAACAUUUCCUGGAACUACUUUGUGAAUGAGAUGCUGGCAAAGGGGGAGGUCCAGAGAAUCGAAGUGGUGCCAGAGAGUGAUAUUGUGGAAAUUUAUCUGCACCCAGGAGGAACUCCUCAUGGACAAGUUAACGUUACCCUGUUAUACACAAUGCGGGUGGCAAACAUUGACAAAUUUGAAGAGAAGCUGAGAGCUGCGGAGGAUGAGCUGAAUAUUGAUGAGAGAGAGAGAAUCCCUGUUUCCUACAAACAUCCUGGCUUUUAUGGAAAUGAUGUCAUUUCCCUGAUAGUGACACUUGUGGCUGUGUCCAUGUUAUGGAGCAUCUUCCGCCUUAUUAGGGUUGCAAGCCGGGUAGGAGGAUUCAAUGCCUUUAACCAGUUGAAAAUGGCUCGUUUCACCAUUGUGGAUGGGAAAUCUGGAAAAGGGAUUGGCUUCAAGGAUGUAGCAGGAAUGCAUGAGGCGAAAAUGGAAGUCAAAGAAUUUGUGGACUAUUUAAAGAGUCCUGAUCGCUACCUUCAGCUUGGGGCUAAAGUGCCCAAGGGUGCCUUGUUACUGGGACCACCAGGCUGUGGAAAGACAUUGCUGGCAAAGGCUGUGGCUACGGAAGCACAAGUGCCGUUUUUGGCCAUGGCAGGCUCUGAGUUUGUGGAGGUGAUAGGAGGUCUUGGAGCUGCCCGAGUUCGGAGCCUCUUCAGAGAAGCCCAGGCUCGCGCACCCUGCAUUGUGUACAUCGAUGAAAUUGAUGCUGUGGGCAAGAAGCGCUCGACCAAUAUAUCUGGUUUUGCCAAUGCUGAGGAGGAGCAGACCUUAAACCAGCUGCUGGUGGAAAUGGAUGGAAUGGGGACCACAGAUCAUGUCAUAGUGCUGGCUUCCACCAACCGUGCUGAUGUCUUGGAUAAUGCUUUGAUGAGACCUGGUAGGCUCGACAGGCACAUUUUUAUUGACCUUCCAACUCUCCAGGAGAGAAGAGAGAUCUUUGAGCAGCACCUGAAGGGUCUCAAACUGAUCCAAGAUGCCAGCUUCUACUCACAGCACCUUGCUGAACUGACUCCGGGCUUCAGCGGAGCUGACAUCGCAAACAUAUGUAAUGAAGCUGCUCUUCAUGCCGCUAGAGAAGGUCACAAAUCCAUCGAUACUUCCAACUUCGAGUAUGCUGUGGAAAGAGUCAUUGCAGGCACUGCCAAAAGAAGUAAGAUCUUGUCACCAGAAGAGAGGAAGGUUGUGGCGUUUCAUGAAUCAGGUCACGCGUUGGUUGGCUGGCUGCUGGAGCACACCGAGGCUGUGAUGAAGGUUUCCAUAGCCCCUCGAACGAAUGCAGCUCUUGGAUUCGCUCAGAUCCUUCCAAGAGAGCAGUACCUAUUCACCAAGGAACAGCUGCUGGAGAGGAUGUGUAUGGCACUGGGGGGGAGAGUGUCCGAGGCCAUCACCUUUAACAAAGUCACUACAGGAGCACAGGAUGACUUGAAGAAGGUGACCAAGAUAGCCUACUCCAUGGUGAAGCAGUACGGGAUGGUGCCCAGCAUUGGGCAGCUCUCCUUCCCAGACCUGGAGACUGCAGCUGGAAUUGGUCGGCGCCCUUUCAGCCAGGGACUUCAGCAAAUGAUGGAUCAUGAAGCAAAAGUUCUGGUGGCUCAGGCUUACAGGCGCACAGAAAAACUCUUAUUGGAGAACCGGGACAAGCUGCAAACACUGUCUAAUGCCCUCCUGGAGAAAGAAGUGAUAAAUUAUGAUGACAUUGAAGCUUUGAUUGGGCCUCCACCCUAUGGGCCAAAGAAAAUGAUAGCUCCUCAGAGCUGGCUUCAAGCGGAGAGAGACAAGCAAGACACAAGAGAUGAAGAAAUGCCCCAGCAGCCACCAAACCAUGAGGAGGAGGAGGAACCACGCCUGAGACCAGUAUGAAGCCCACUCCUGAUGUGGAACGGGAGGACUCCAGAGGCUUCUUUUGGACACAGACCCUUUCCUUUUUCAGCUCCAGAAUCAAAGAUACCGAGCAGGAAAUCUCUGUGCUGCUGUUACCUGAAAAUUAAGGGAUGGCUACGUUGGCUCUUUUAACGAGUUUUUUCCUGCAGGAGGGAGAACUCCUUAGCAUUUUGAAAUUGAUUCUCAGCAGGGUAGUAGUGAUGAGGAGCUGGGUAAGUCUAAUCCGCUGGAAAGAUUUCUUGUACACGGGAGCAGUGUACAUGUUCUUAAGGGUGAAAGAUCCUGUGGAGUCCUUGUCAGACACCUCUCGCUGUGCUGUUUGACAUGGCAGGAGUGCAGGGCUGUCCCCUUCCGUGCCAGAAUGGUCAGUGUAGUGAAACCUCUGCAAGACUCUGAGCCCGCUGAGGUGCUCCAGUUCUUGUGCGACUCUCCUGUAACCUUUGGUCAUCUCUGCUGCUGAACAUAAAAUAGAAACGGAAAAACAGACUUCACUAGAAUAAACUGUUCAUAAUGUGCUGCUGUGUCUGUAGAAUAUGUCAAGAUGCAGAUAUGUGUUUUGGCACAUAUAAAGCUUAUUGUAGCUAUCAAGUUGUACAGGAAAAGGGCUUUCUUCUCCCUGUCCAAUAACUUAUAUUCAGUUUUUAUAGCAAGUGUCUCGCAAGCAGAGAUUGAGGAAAACCUGCAUGCAGAAACCAACAUAACCCCGCCGUGGGAUGUUAGAAACUAGCGUUGCAGAGAGUGGCUCCGAGUUACAUGUUGGAAGAUUGUUUGGCGGCACUGCUGGUUCAGGGCUGGAGAGGAGCUCUCAGGAACUUGAGCAAAAGCAGGUGUGUCUGUUGGGAAGCCUCGGUAAAAAGCUGGCAGUUCCCCUGGCUCCAUCCUCGUGGCUCUUGCAGAGCAAGCUGUGAUGACAUGGUUGUCUGCCAUUCAUCAGGGAAAGCAUUAAAAUGAUUGUUGGUGCCUGG